UUUCAAUUUUAAUGUAUUUGACAUCCCCGUUUAUAUUACGUCUAGUAAUUUGCGAUGUCGAUAAUGUUGUAGUGACAACUUGAUCUCUACUUGCGAACUUGAAAACUUUUCUUUUCUAUCAAUAAAGAGGAAGGAUUAAUGAACAAUGCCAAGGGAGGAUUCGUCGCUGUGCACGUCGGUGCGGGUCAACACUCGGAGGCACUUAAAGAUAAAUACCAAAAGUUGUGCCGUGAUGCCUGCAAAAAGGGAAUUGAUAGUUUACGAUGUGGACACACCGCCUUGGAUUCAGUCGUAGAAGCUACUAUAGUAUUAGAGAAUUCUCCUUUGACAAAUGCUGGCUAUGGGUCAAACUUAACUCUGGAUGGAAAAGUGGAAUGCGAUGCAAGUGUUAUGGACGGUACUAAUUUGCAAUUUGGCGCAGUUGGUGCGGUGGGAGGAAUAAAAAAUCCUGUUGUACUUGCAAAGCGCUUAUGUCAACAGCAGUCCGUCGAAACGACUCAUGGAAGAAUUCCACCAAGUUUUUUAGUAGGAGCGGGUGCACAUGUAUGGGCCAAGGAAAUGGGAGUACAAACACUGCCACCUGAUGAUUUAAUAUCAAUGAAGGCACGAAAAGUUUAUAAACAUUAUAAGAGAAAAAUAGAAGACCACAGUAACGAAGUGCAUAAGCACAUGAAGAAACGAAUGGAUACAGUAGGAGCAAUAAGUGUCGACGAUCUUGGAAAUAUUGCUGCUGCAUGUUCCAGUGGUGGUAUCAUUCUGAAAUAUCCAGGAAGAGUAGGGCAGGCUGGGGUCUGGGGUUGUGGUUCCUGGGCAUGUAGUUCGAAAUCUUCAGUAGCUGCAAGUACUUCAGGAUGCGGGGAACAUCUUAUUCGAACGACUCUAGCAAGGUCAAUAGCAGAAGCGUUGUCAGAUACAAUAUGUCCCACAACUUCUUUACACCAUGCAAUGAAAAAGCAGUUUCUUGAUUCGAGAUUCCUAGAUGGUUUGGAUCAGAAACUUGGAGGAGUUAUAGCUUUGCGAUACUCUGCACAAGAUGCCCUUGGAGAUCUACUCUGGAGUCAUUCAACCAAUUCCAUGAUCAUUGGCUACAUGAAUUCAAGCGACAGAUCACCCACGAGCCGAAUGUCGGUCUUGGAACCUAAAGACGUCGGUAAGAAGGCAAUAGUGGAGGGAAUCUGUUUUACUCUUUCUAAGGACCCUUUGUACUGCAAUUCGUGAAAUCUAAGUUGCCGAGGCGACUGACUUACAUGAGACUGUUAGAUACACGUACAUGUAUACUAUCACUUGAAUUUCAAAGUUAGCAAAUCGAGUGCACAUUCAAUCGCAUUUCAAAACAAGUGCGAAGAUCUAUCUUUAAUUUAUUUCAGUUACAUUCACCGUUUUAUGAUAUCAUUCAUUCAGUUAUUUGAUUUAAUGUUCAACUUACCUUUUCCUUAUAAUUUUAUUUGGCUGAAUGUUAAACUAGCCUAUUGUUUUGUGUUCAUAGGAUUAGAAUUAUUUAUUAGCUGCUAUACUAUUAUUCCGGGAAACUAAAAGAAAGCUGAAGAAUUUAAAUGAAAUCGAUAUAAUUCAGCCAUCGAAAUAAACAGCCACAUACGGGGUAGUAACUAAAUGUAUUAUAAUAAUUGUUUGCAUUCCAAAUGAAGAUAUUCGUGUUAAGUAACAUCCGUGCAUUAAUACCUUCUUAAUAAAUAUGUGGAUUUGAAUGAA